AUGGAUGAGAAAAAAGCACCCGCCGCCCCUGCUGAGGGUAUUGUCAGUCCACCUCCUGUUGUAGUCAGUCGACAGAAUCGUUUGGAGUGGAUCGACGGCAUUCGAGGCUUGGCUUCAUUGGUGAUCUUCACUCAUCACUACAGCGAUCUUACUUGGGCUCAAUCUCACCCUGACACCCUUAGCCAAGGUAGUGUUGAAGGUCUCCUACGAAAUGGUCAACUGGCUGUCGGCAUGUAUUUCCUUCUCGGUGGUCGUGUUCUAGCGCAUUCCUUCUUGAGAUCGGCUUUCACUCGUCCCAUUGUUCCCAAAGACUCGCAUGGAACACCGAUCCCCGGUGCAGUCGCUGCCAAGUGGACCGGUCCUAGAUGGUUGUCUCUUUCUUCUUCUCUGUUUCGCCGAUCGAUCCGUCUUGCGUUCCCAGCUAUUGUCGUAGGUUUUAUCCAAUGGCAAAUUGCUUCAACUGGCAUUCUCGGUCAAAAACCCAUCCAAGCUGCACAGAUUCUAGCACCCUCCUCUCUAUGGGAACCUACCUGGAAUCAAAUCGGCUCCUUCUGGGGAUUCCUGCAAUUCUGUCUUGAUCUCUUCACAAAUCGAGGACAUCAAUACAUGCUAAGUGUCGGCUCAGCUCUCUGGACGACAUACGAUCAGUUCUGGGGUUCCGUCCUCGUCUACAUCCUUGCUGCUGUCGUUGCCCAAGUUGCCUGGGUUGGUCGUUACAUGAUCUAUUUUGUUGUCUGCGUCGCUCUUUGGUUUGUCAACAGUCCGAAUAUGCUUUAUGUUUUGGGACUGUGGCUUGGUGACCUACACGCUGCUGGUUUCAUCCGCAAGCUGCAAGAUCACUGGAAACCGACUAUGCUGGUCGAACUUGCUGUCAUGGCUCUUGCUCUUGCGAUGAUCGCUGGAGGAACCAACGUUGCUACUCCCGCCAACAACGCUAUGGGCGACAUCACGGUUUACGAUGGGAAGUUCGGAUGGGAUCAGAGUCUUACCUGGCCACAGUAUAUGUUUAUGUCAAAUUGGCUUCCACCACUCUGUAUCCUGGCCUGGGUCGAAAUCAGUCACGCCAUGCAAUGGUUUGCUAGUUGGGGUGUCUUCACUUGGCUUGGCAAAGUAUCUUACGGAUUUUACUUGAUGCAAUUCAUCACUCUUUACAGCAUCAUGCCUCCGUUAAUCAUCUAUUUCAACUCUAUGGGACGUAGCUAUUGGGAUAUGGUCAUGCCUACCUACAUCAUCUGUUUGCUUUUCAACAUCUUCAUUGCCUGGGUAGGAUAUCAUGUACUUGAUCGUAUCGGCCUCAAACUCGGUAAAUGGAUCUGGGACGGACUGUUUGUUAGUAAACCGAGCACCGCUGGAGCUUUACCAGCCAAGAUGGUACGGGCUCUCGGAAACGCAAUCCUUACUGCCCCCGGCAAUACUGUCCGCUAUAUCGGUACUACUUCUGUCACCAAGUACAAGGCCACCCGCAAAGGUCUCCAUACCAUCAUGAACUGGCGGACACCCACCACUCGACCUCCGAUUCCAGACCCCACUGAUCCUGAUGUGAUCAGUCAACUUCAUUCGACCCGAUGGACUUCCGAUAUGAGUCGUGAUGCCGAGGCGGUUCGGACUGCUAAGCUUCUUACUUUUCAACAGUACACUUGGAUGAUCCAUAUCGUCGUGAUUCCUCUGGUGACCACCGUGUGGAUCAUUUAUCACCCAACAGGAACCUGGACAUACGAUGCCUUUACAUUCUCUACUUUGUGGAGAUUUUUGUGGGUUAUGUCGGUACCCAACUGUCUCUUUGCUUUUGCUGGUUUCUGUACCCCCGAUCUCGCACCCAGCCAAGCAACGAUGGACAAGAAGCCAGUUAUGAGAGAGUAUAUCCGGAACUUCUUCAUUCUACUUGUCACUAAGGGGUCUAAUGAGAAUGCAGUAAGACGUGGUUACAACAAGUUAUUGCUCUUGGAGAAGUAUCAUCCAGCUGUGAAAGUCAUCGUCCUUACCGAUGAACCGUACGUGUAUCCCGACUUGCAAAACAUCGUCUGUCCCAAAGCGUAUGUAUCGCCGUUGGGUAAAGCCAAAUACAAAGCUCGAGCCUUGGACUACUUCCGGUACCAUGUAUCUCUCGGAGUUUACGAUUGGAUCUUACACAUGGACGAAGAAUCAGUAACUGACGGUGAGAGUUUACGACGUUGUUUGGAAUUCAUCAGAUAUACACCGCAUCAUUUCGGUCAAGGAAUCAUUCUUUAUAACGGUGAAGGUUAUUGGGAAAACUGGUACUUCACCGUUGCUGAUGGAAUCCGUGUGGGAGAUGAUUUGGCUCGAUUUCAUUUUCAAAAUACCUGCAUUCACCGACCGGUCUUUGGUGUCCAUGGUUCGUUCUUGAUGACUAAUGGGGAGAUGGAGAAUGAAUGUACCUGGGAUUUUGGCUCACUUGCGGAAGAUUUCGAAUUCUCUCAAGACGCCUGGAGAAGAGGGUUCACUUGUGGGCGUGUGCAUGGGAUCGUGCGUGAACAGUCGCCUACCACACUUCGUGAUUUCUUGAAACAACGUCGACGUUGGUUCAUGGGCAUUCGAGACAUUGAAGGAUUAUACGGAUUACCACAUUUAGCUGUCAACUUAUGGAUCGUCGGUGUCUUUACACUUGCCGUCACAGUCAUCAACAUACCUUUCUUGUUGAUCGAUAAAUCAUUGACACCACUCUGGAUCGCUACGUGUGCCGAUUUCUGCUUCGUGACUUUCUAUUGGCUAUACCUUUGGGGAUUACUAUUCCAAGAAUUGGACUACGGCCAAAAAUGGUGGAGAAUCAUGAUCCAUAUUCCUUGUGCAGUUGUGAUCCAACCGUUUGCAUCUAUCGCCGAAGGUUUGUCAGCUAUCUGGGCUAUGAGCUCCGUCGACUUCGGGAAGUUUGAGGUCAUUGUCAAGAAAUGAUUGUGUUAUGUGUGUUUUCCUCUCGUUAGCAUGGGUGAAAGGUGUAGAGCUUGAUUAAUCAUGACCAGUGGACACAUCUUAUGUAUUUUUGUUAUACGUAUGCGUACCUUGUCCUUCUCGUUCUUUUGAGAAAGAUAAUCAGUGCAGUCAGUAGUACAAACAAGAAUUGAAAUAUCUUGGACAAAUCACUACCAUUAAUCUCAUGGUGUUGACGUUUAUUUUUUUUGUUAGAAAUCAUCCUUUUUUUAGAACUGGCUUUGAGAAAUUUAUAUCUUCAAUCCUCUUAUUACUCUUUUUUCAAAGUUGUUUCAGAAAAAGUUAAAUCUUUUUACUUCUUUGCUUUGUCAUUGCUUUAGCGUUUUAUAUUUUAUUCUAUUGAUAUCAUUCUAUCCUUUUUAUCCUAAUAUUUUCGCUCGGUAAGAGAGAGAGGACAUUUUCAAGACAUG